AUGGCUGCCGCGGAGCAUAUUGGCAUUGCGAGUGCCUUGGAAGUGGCCAUCCAGUCUAUUGACAAAGAAGCAGCGGAAAUUCCGCACCAGGGUGGCACUGGCGCGUCCCUUGGAUCACAUAUUCUUGAUCAAACGAAUGCCCAUGCCCACAACAUAGCCAAAAGAGUUUUCGUCUUCACUGAUGAUGUUCUUGCGCUUCGGUACCUAGAGGGCAGCAUUACCUGCAAAGUAGGUGGUUAUAUUGCAGAGCAGGCGGAAAGAGUUUGCAGUCUGUCGCAAACAAUACACGAACAAGGUGUUCACCAAUCCUCCGGUGAUAAGGAGGAGCGGUGCCAUACGAUACUGCGUAACGAGCAAAUGGACACAUGUGCAUUUCUCUCGGACUUUGCAUGA